UAUCGACUCAUGUAAAUUCUCCAAACGUGUUUUUUAUUGUUACACGGUACUGUGACAGAAACGCCUAGACAUAUUGGUAUGAGUCAUUUGUCACAUGAACGGAACGUGUUUUGAGUGGAACAACCCGCCACACCCCACCAGCCUUGCCCUGCCCAAAGUUGACUCAUCGGGGUUUUGUAAGUGGAUCCCAUCGAGCAGACAUGUUCUCUCUCUCACUCCUCUAGCACAAUCUUCCCAACUGUUUUUCAUUUAAGCUGCUUUACAAACCAGAGAAACCAAAGCAACAUGAAGUUUGUUUUGUCAGCCUGUUUACUUUUUCUCCUGGCAAAAGGCACAUUUACGCAGGAUGGAUUUGACCUGUCUGAUGCGCUUGAUGAUGUAGUGCCAACUCCACCAAAAGCAGAAGCCCCAGCAAAUCCUAAAGAGGAUGAUGGAUUUGACCUCUUUGAUGCCGUAGGACCAGAUGAACCGAAGAAACCUAAUAAACCUAAACCUAACCCUGGAGGUUCUGACCCAAAUGAUAAACCUGACAAACCUGCAAUCAAGCCCCCAAAGCAUGGAGGAGGUGGAGGCAGUUCUUUUGAUGAUAAAGACUUGUAUGACAUAGGUGGUGGAGAGUACAAGCCUGAGGGAGGAGGAGGUCGUGCUGACCAGCCCUACGAUACUGGUGAUCAGCCUCAAGAGGCUGGAUCCGGGACAAUUGCAGGAAUUGCCAGCGCCAUUGGAGUGGCUAUUCUAGGAGCAGCAUCAAGUUACUUUGCUUACCAAAAGAAAAAACUGUGCUUCAAGAUUCAAGGAGGUGCUGACCCAGAGAUGGGCAAAGGCCAUCAUGGUACCCAGUCUAAUCCUCAAGUUUUCAGCAACUUGCUCAACACAUCCUAGAGCGGCGUCUGCAUGAGUCCGCGCUGAAAGGAACGACAGUCCAUCUUUUCCAUGUCAGCUUCAUAUGCAGCCUGCCUUUUACCAUAAUACAUUUGACCAGCUUAACUGUUGUAUAUUAUUGUUGUUUGCUACUGUUAAACGUGUGUAUUCGCACAUCCUGGUGUUAUUUUAGCAUUGUGUUGUAUUUCUCUUGUUGUUUUUGUUCGGAAUAUUUCAUGUCUGCUAUGUUUGGUUUUCAUCACAUUAAGAUAGAAAUAUUUCAAAAGCUUAAUGUGGGUGGGUUUUUUUCCAGGCGACAUCGGGGAGAACUAUCAACUUUUCUCAAUUAUGACAAAUGCAAACCUGCUGGUGAGGAUUUUGAAGAUGUCCUAAUAAAAAGUAUUUUUCCCACCUUAAUGACAUGAAGUUACAAUUACUUUAAAAAGGGAAAUGUUUCUUGAAUAACAUCCCUCCAUCCAUUUUUUUCCCACUUUAUCUGGGUCUGGGAGCCCAGGCAGUCUUCCCUCUUUUAUAUUGCCAAAAGUAUUUGGCCACCCAUCCAAAUGAUCAGAAUCAGGUGUCCUAAUCACUUGGCCCGGCCAUUGGUGUAUACAAUCAAGCACUUAGGCAUGGAAAGUGUUUCUACAAACAUUUGUGAAAGAAUGGGCCGCUCUCAGGAGCUCAGUGAUUUCCAGCGUGGAACUGUCAUAGGAUGCCACCUGUGCAACAAAUCCAGUCGUGAAUUUUCCUCGCUCCUAAAUAUUCCAAAGUCAACUGUCGGCUUUAAUAUAAGAAAAUACAAGAGUUUGGGAACAACAGCAACUCAGCCACAAAGUGGUAGGCCACAUAAACUGACAGAGAGAGGUUAGCGGAUGCUGAAGUGCAUAGUGCAAAGAGGUCGCCGACUUUCUGCGCAGUCAGUUGCUACAGAGCUCCAAAUUUCAUGUGACCUUCCAAUUAGCCCACGUACAGUACGCAGAGAGCUUCAUGGAAUGGGUUUCCAUGGCCGAGCAGCUGCAUCUUAGCCAUACAUCACCAAGUCCAAUGCAAGGUGUCGGAUGCAGUGGUGUAAAGCAGUGAAAGGAACUUUGAAUGCUCCGGGAUACCAAAACAUUUUGGACAAUUCCAUGCUCCCAACCUUGUGGGAACAGUUUGGAGCGGGCCCCUUCCUCUUCCAACAUGACUGUGCACCAGUGCACAAAGCAAGGUCUAUAAAGACAUGGAUGUCCGAGUCCGGUGUGGAUGAACUUGACUGGCCUGCACAGAGUCCUGACCUGAACCGAUAGAAGACCUUUGGGAUGAAUUAGAACAGAGACUGAGAGGCCUCACCAAUGCGCUUUUGGAAGAAUGGUCGAAAAUUCCUAUAAACACACUCCGCAACCUUGUGGACAGCUGUCCAAGAAGAGUUGAAGCUGUAAUAGCUGCAAAAGGUGGACCCACAUCAUAAUGAAUCCUAUGGGUUAGGAAUGGGAUGGCACUUCAAGUUCAUAUGUGAGUCAAGGCAGGUGGCAAAAUACUUUUGGCAAUAUAGUGUAUGUACUAUAUACUAUGUACUAUAUAUACUACACAGGUGUACUACAAUGCCUCCUCCUGGUUGGCACGUCUGAAACAUUUCACAGAGGAGGCGUCCAGGAGCCCUCUCCUACUCUGAGCUCCUAGCAGAUAACAAACUCCUCAUCCUAUCCCCGAGUGUGAGACAGUAAAUAAACCCACUUUUUUGUGAUUGA